CGAAAAACGAGGAAUACCUGUAUAUCCACGAUUUAUUCCCUGUAAAAGAUGAAAUCUAUUUCUUGUAACGAACAAAAUGUUGUUUAGGCCUUUCUGUCGCCAAGUAUCGCGGUAUUCCACUAAAGCCUUAUUUGAUUCGAAAAUUACCCCACAACUUGAAGCAAGACUCAGUUCACUAUCAAAACGCCACGAUACCCUUCUAGCAAAUCUCAGCAAUAAUACACCUGGUAUUGAUAUCACACAAACUUCUAUAGAAUUAUCACAGCUUUCAACAUCCAAAGAAUUAUUCGAAGAAUGGCAAAAAAGGCGAAGAGAUCUAGCCGAUCUUCAAGGCAUGCUUUCCAAUACAAAGGAAGAAAUUGACAAUGAUAUGCUCGAACUCGCCAAAGAAGAAUACAACGAUAUAACUACCCAAAUAUAUCAGUUAGAAAAGAACCUUAUAUCAGAGUUAGCCCCUAAAGAUGCCGCCGAUGAAUCCAGUGAUGCCAUCCUGGAAAUCAGAUCAGGUGCUGGUGGUGAAGAGGCUGCUCUUUUUUCAGCGGAUAUGGCACGUAUGUACGAACGUUUUGCUCAACUUCAAAAAUGGAAAUGGGAAGUGUAUUCUCAAUCUGACGAUAUGAAAGGGGGUUUGAAAGAUGUCACGGUCAAUAUCGCUGGGAGACAUGUAUUUAAAUGGUUAAAGUAUGAAUCAGGCGUACAUCGUGUACAGCGCGUGCCAGCGACAGAACAACAAGGAAGAAUCCAUACAUCAACUGUAACGGUAGCCAUUCUACCUCAACCUACUGAAGUGGAUGUACAGCUUAGAGAUAGUGAUUUAAAAUUUGAUGUCUAUCGAGCUUCAGGGGCAGGUGGACAGCAUGUAAACACAACAGAUAGUGCAGUGCGAGUCACUCAUUUGCCAACAGGUAUUGUAGUGGCUAUGCAAGACGAACGUUCACAACAUAAGAAUAAAAUGAAAGCAAUCAAAGUAUUGAGAGCAAAGAUUUAUGAAGUAGAGCGAUUGAAGACGCAGAUGGAAAGACGCAAUUCCCGUAAUAAGCAGAUCGGCACAGGUGAUCGAUCGGAGAAAAUCCGUACAUAUAACUACCCACAGAACAGGGUUACAGAUCACCGUAUUAAUUUGAGUUUAUACGAACUGGACCAAGUGAUGUCAGGUGAAUCACUGAAAAACUUGAUAGAGCCCGUACAAGAGCAUUAUUUAUUUGAAUCCUUAUUGCAAGAAUAAAAAAACUGUUAUGAGUUUCUAUGUAAACAAUAUUUUAUUCUAGCCAAAAAAUGGUUGAGAGCAACUCAAAAUGUCGUUAUAAAGUUUGCUAUAAAGUACAGACUGGAAGCUUCUUACAACUACAAUCAGCUUUUCUUGGCUUGUACACUUGCAAAUAAAAGUGAGAGGGAAAAGGAAGCUCUCAUACCGCAUGUCCCCACAGAAAAUGAUGACGGUUCGGAGAUUCAAUUUUCUAUGGUGGGUGUUGCCUUGGUGAUCAUUCACCCAAAGUGCACACGUAACAAAACUGCUGGAGUACA